AUUAAAAAACGGAGGGAGGGAGUAUGAAACAAGAGUUCUCGUUGCUUAAAUUAAUUGGCUCCACUUGAUUUGUGAAAUUCAUAAAUUAUUGAGAGCACUGAGAAAUUUUAUACUUCUUGGGAAGCACAUUAAUAAAUAACAAUAAGUUUUCUAGAUGGAGGACCGGCGAGACUGUCCAAGUUUCAACCUACAUGUUUGCUUCCUUUGAGAAAAUAUUUCUAGAUGUAACAUGUGGUCCAAUGUGAUUUCAUUUCUAUCGACACUUAUUUCAUGAGAUAAAUUUAGUAUGAGACGCAAAAUGGAGUAGAAACAAAAACAACAUAGCAAGAAAUCAUCAAUCAUGUGCCUCUUAAGUCUUAACGUGUGGGAAAGGUGAUGGAUUUAUAUUCCCAACGUCAAAAACGGGUCAUGAGCUUUCAUAUUUUUAUAUUGGCCAGGCUACAAUGCUGUCAAUGAUUAUUGUUAGGAAAGGACCAAGAUCUUGAAAAUGGAUCACGUUGGUUUAUUAAUCUCAUGAAUUAGUUAAUUGUUUGGUAUGGUAGUCCAAGUUUCCUAGGGACUACUUUGUCAAACUAAUUCUCAAAUUAAUAGACUAACUUACUCGUCUUCCAAGCUUAUGUUAUAAAUAUUCAGUUAAUUAAAUUAUAUUACACGUAACGUUACCGGCAAAUCGUCCAAUGUUAUUUUAUUUACCCGGACAUAUUUUCUUGUUAUUUAGUUUGGCUAGUUGUUCAUUAAGAGAUUGAAAUAUCAUAUCAUAUGGAUCAAAAUAUACAUAUUAGUGUUAUGCAACGGUUUAGCUGUGGAAUAUACAGUACCAUGUUUUCGUAAUCAUAAUGAAAUUAUAAUGUGAAUAGGACAAAUGAUUGAAGGGCUUAUUUGCUAAAUAACCAAAAAAAUAAGGAAAAUUAGAUUUUUAGAGAGAGAGUAGAGAGAGAUAGGAAGAGAAAAUAGGAGAGAGGGGGUAUUUUUAGUUAGUUAAUGAAUUUUGGUUUUUGUUGUGUAUAGUGAAUGCAAUUUCCCAUGAUUGAAAGUAGUGGAAAGAAUAUAAAAGUAGAUAUUAUUAAAAUGCAGAUAUUUAUAUAUUUAGACCCUCUAUGCGGCGGGGAGGGUUUACGCUCAUGUCAAAAGUCGAAGCCGUGUUGACAAAAUGGCCCCAAUACUUUCGAAACGCGGGGCCAGCAUCCGAUAUACAAAUUGUUCACAUACAUUAUUUUUUUUCUGUUUUGUAACAAUAAACGAGUCAUGCAAAUUAUAUUCUAUUGGAUUAUUUUGUAACAACCAACAAGAGGCCGAAUGAGCCAACUAGAAUACAGCACAUAUACGAUCAAUAAUCAAACCUAUGAAACUUCCGUCUCUUUUUCCCUUUCCCAUUUUCCAGCAGCUAUAUAUAAACUCAUGUCGCUUAACUCAAUUUCCAUCAACAAAUACAACUGAGAUAUCAAGUCCCCUCGAGAAAUCUAUUAGAAAAUGAAGCUUUCUUGUGGUACAAGAUUCACGUUCUUGGUUCUCUUUCUAUUUGCAGCACAAUCUGUUGCUGUGUAUGCUGGUAGCUUCCAUAAAGACGUUCAGAUACAUUGGGGUGAUGGCCGCGGAAAGGUUCGUGACAGAGAUGGAAAGCUUCUUUCUCUCUCACUUGACAAAUCCUCUGGUUCGGGUUUUCAGUCCCAUCAGGAGUUUCUCUAUGGUAAAGCUGAGGUUCAAAUGAAACUUGUCCCUGGUAACUCUGCUGGAACAGUCACAACAUUCUAUCUUAAAUCACCGGGAACUACAUGGGAUGAGAUCGAUUUCGAGUUCUUGGGAAACAUAAGUGGUCAUCCAUAUACUCUACAUACUAAUGUUUACACACGAGGCUCUGGAGACAAAGAACAGCAGUUUCAUCUAUGGUUCGACCCAACAAAGAACUUUCACACUUACUGCAUUACAUGGAAUCCCCAAAGGAUUAUUUUUACAGUUGAUGGCAUUCCUAUUAGAGAGUUUAAGAACUCCGAGUCAAUGGGAGUUCCAUUCCCAAAGAAGCAACCGAUGAGGCUCUACGCGAGCCUCUGGGAAGCCGAGCAUUGGGCCACAAGGGGAGGAUUGGAGAAAACAGAUUGGUCAAAAGCUCCUUUCACUGCUUUCUACAGAAACUACAAUGUGGAAGGAUGUGUUUGGGCUAAUGGAAAAUCAUCUUGCCCCGCGAAUGCCCAAUGGUUCACUCAAAAAGUUGAUCUGGAAGGCGAGAAAAAAAUGAAAUGGGCACAAAGUAAGUACAUGAUCUACAACUAUUGCACUGAUAAAAGAAGGUUUCCUCAAGGUGUUCCUGCAGUGUGCACUUAAGUUAUUGAUUCUUGAAACAAGUUACUUGACCAUUGUCUUUGUAACUUGAAUGAGUUUUAUCUAUUGUUUUCAUUCAUUUAUUGCUCAUAUUAUGUUUAUGGUGUUUGUGUAAGAUUUUUUUAAGUUAUAUACCAAAUAAUAUAUUAUGGAAAAGAGAGUUUAAUUUCGUUACAAAUACUUAAUUCAUUAUACUAGAGUUGUACAGUUUUAAAACACUGAGAGAGGUUCACUAGUAAAUCUACAAGAAAUAGUUAAGAGAAUACAGCCUCUUACGUAAACAAGUGAACAACUUUUAGUCAAAAAAAAAAAAAAACAAGUGAACAACA